AUGGCUUCAGCGACUGAUAGAUUACAAACUACACCGAAUAAAUUAAAUACAAUUUCAAAUUCAAUUACAGCUACAACUACAAAUUCCAUGAGACAACCGUUACAUGAUACUUCAAAUAAUUACUUUGCAUCAAAUGAUCAACCAAUAGCUUCCAAUUCUACAACAUCCGUAAUCAAAACUCCAUCAAAAUCGAAACAAAUAAAUAAACAAAGAUCAUUAAUAACUCAAACUCCACCACAAUCUACACUUCAUGAAAGUAGUAAUAAUAUUCAAAAUAAUGAUAAAGAUAUUCAAAUAUUUGAUGUUUUUGCAACACCAUUUAGAGAUAUACAUUUAGAUCCUACAAUUAUUUCAAAUUUAGAUCAACAUAAUUUUGUUGUAAAAUCAAGUUAUUUAUCACCUGCUUUAUCAUCUCCUCAGAAUCAACAUCAAUUACAAUUACAACAAUUACAUGAAAAAAAUAAAGAAAAUCAAGAAAAUCAUAUUCAUUCAUUACCAUUAUUACCAUCUUCCCUUGAAUCAUCAAAACAGCAACAACCACAACAAAUCUCAACUCCAACAAAGAAGAAAAAAAAAUCUACUGAUACAAAUUCAAAUACAUCUUCCACAACUUUUAAUUUAUAUUCUGAUGAUAAACCACCUUAUUCAUAUGCAACUUUAAUUGGAAUAUCUAUAUUAUCUCAUCCAAAUAAAAGAUUAACUUUAUCAAAUAUUUAUCAAUGGAUAUCAGAUACUUUUAAAUUUUAUAGAAAAGAAGAUGUUGGUUGGCAAAAUUCAAUUAGACAUAAUUUAUCAUUAAAUAAAGCUUUUAUAAAAGGUGAAAAAUCAAAAGAUGGUAAAGGUCAUUUUUGGUGUAUAAAACCAGGAUUUGAAGAACAAUUUUUAAAAAGUAGAAGUGUUAAAAAAUCUUCUUAUCAUGAAGUAAUGGAUCAAAUUCAUCAAGCUACAAAAUUAAAUGAAGCUGCUGCAGCAGCAAAAGCAAUAGCGGAUGCUGAAAUGGAGAAAACAAAAGAAAAAGAAGUAGUAGAAGAAGAACCAAAAGACGAGCAAGAAGUGAAGUUACCAAAAGAUGAAUCUAAGUCAAAAGAUAAAUCAAUACCAAAAGUAAAAAAAUUAAAAGUGAAAUUAAAAGAUAAAAAUGGUGAACAAAAACAAAUUCAAACUGAUGUUUCACUUGAUAAAUCAGUUUUAUUAUCAUCCCCCACAUAUAAUGCAAUAAAAAGGAAAAGAAAUGAUGAUGAAUUUCCUUCUAAUACAAGUACAAGUUAUCAAUAUGAUGAAGAAGAUAUAACUAUAUUAGAUCCACCAGUGAAAAGAUUCAAAUCUUUCAAACAACAAGAUGAUGAAGAUGAUAAUUUUUUACAAUUACCUUGGCAAUCAUUAAAUUCACCAAAUUCACAAUUAAAAUUACCACCAAUAUAUCAUUUAAAUUCUACUCCAAAAAGGAAUAAUAUAAAUUCUUCAUCUUCUUCAUCAACGUCAUCACAAUCAUCAAGACCUAAUUUUGUAAUUGAUUCACCUGAUAAACCUGUAUUGGCGGAAAAAAAUCUAACUUAUACAUCAUCCUUUAGUUGUAAUUCUAAUUUUGAAUUAUCUCCCUUAAGAACAAGUGAGACUGGUCCUUUAUUAGAACCAUUAACUCCUGCAAAUCGUUCAUAUAAAGGUCAUAUACAACAACAACAGCAGCAGCAGCAACAAUCACAACCCCAUUCACAUCCACAUUCACAUUCACAACUACAGUCACAAUCAACUAAUAAUCAUCAAUUUCAACAUCAAAUCUUACAACCACAAUCACAACAAUCUCAUCAUUUAACACUUUUAAAUAAAUCAAAAACUCCAAAAUCAUCAUCAAUUUCUUCAACAACUCCUUUAAGGACUUUAAAAACUCCACAAACUAAUUCAAUAAUGAAAAGAUUAUGGAAUAGUCCUUCAUAUUUAGAUGAUUUUUAUUUUAGUCCAUUAAUAAGUAAAGCUCAUCAAACAAUUUUAUCACAUCAAUCAAAUCAUACUAACAAUUCAAAUCUUCAAUAUCAUAAUAAUCAUUUAAAUUCAUCAUAUUCUUCAAGCUCCUAUUCUUCAUUACUUUCAAAUAAUAUUCAUAUAGCAACUACUUCAUCAACUCAUUUAAAAUUAAAUAAUAUAAUGAAUAAUAAUCAUAAUAAACACAAUAGUGGUAAUCAAAAUUUAAAUUCUUAUGAUGAUGAUGAUAUGAUAAUGAGAAAUUUAAAUCAUCCUCAAUUAUCUAUUCAAUCAAGUCCUAUAAUACAUAAUAAUAAUUCGAAUAAUGAGCUUUUUAAAUUAAAUUAUUACUGA